AUGUCAAAGUACAAAGAGUGUCUCAAGAACCACACCGCUGGUAUCGGCGGCCACGCCGUUGACGGCUGCGGCGAAUUCAUGCCUUCCGGUGAAAAUGGUACCGUCGACGUCUUCAAAUGCGCCGCCUGUAAUUGCCACCGUAAUUUUCACCGGAAAGAGACCGUCCACCACCACCACCCAUGUGGGUACUCCCCAUAUAUUAUACCGCGGCAGAUACCUCUAGCGUUACCGCUAACUUCUGGAGGUACAGGCGGCGCAUUUGAAGACGUCGACGGUACCAUUUUCACCGGAAGGCAUGAAUUCGCCGCAGCCGUCAACGGCGUGGCCGCCGAUACCAGCGGUGGUGGAUUCCGGGAGGAUCAAGAAUUAUUAGAAAUGUGUAGCCCUAAUAACAACAUUAAUGGUACAUUACUAAAGAAGAGAUUUCGAAGCAAAUUUAGCCAAGAACACAAGGACAAAAUGUUGACAUUGGCUGAGAAAUUAGGGUGGAAGCUUCAAAGGCAUGAUGAGGGAGUUGUUCAACAAAUUGUGUAA